AUGAGUCUGAACGAAAGGAAUCUCGAAAGCCCGGUGAGCAUUGAGAAGGAGCCAAUGCAUCUCGAGAACAUUGAAAAACUCCCCGCGCUCGAAGAAGUAGGUCGGCUUGCAUCAUGGAGAGGAGCUUUGAUUCUACUCGUUACUUGUGGCUCCCAGUUCCUCGAUAAUGUCUUCAUGACAAGUUCGAACAUGGCCCUGGCUUCCAUCCAGGAGGAGUUCGACGUAUCAAACACCAACUUGCAAUGGAUGAUAUCGGCCUAUACCCUGGCAUUUGGUGGGUUUUUGCUGCUCGCUGGAUAUUUGUCUGAUCGGUACGGUAAAAAGGAAAUAUUGUGUGUCGGCCUGUUCUGGCUGUCAACAUGGACCCUGGCAAUUGGCUUCGGCCAAUCAUUCAUUCAGAUCACUGUGUUCCGUGGUAUCCAAGGCAUUGGAGCCGCAAUGACCGUCCCGUCCGCGAUCGGAAUCAUCAGUUCGUACUUCAGCGGCGUUGAUCGAACAAGAGGCCUCUCGAUUUACGCCGCAUCGGGCACCGUUGGCUUCUGCACGGGCCUGAUCUUUGGAGGGUUCCUCACAUCCUCCCUCGGCUGGCGAUACAUCUUCUACCUGAUUGUGAUCAUCACUGGAUCUCUCUGUAUCCUCGGCCUGAUUGUGCUGCCAAAGGAUCGUGCCGACGAGAAGUUGAGACCCAAGAUGGAUUACCUUGGAGCAUGUCUUUCGACUGCUGGUCUGAUUCUCUUGCAGUUCGUCCUUUCCAGUGGAGGUGUCUACGGAUGGGGAACGCCUUUCAUCAUCGGUCUGCUUGUGCUGUCAGUCUCCUUGCUGGUCGGAUUCAUUCUGCUGGAGAAAUUUAUCCCCAACCCACUUAUGCCUCUUUCUCUAUGGAAGAUCCACAACUUCGCGGGACUCUGGCUCGCUGGAUUCAUCGAUGAGUUGUCUGCUGGUAGUACCGCUCUCCGGUUCCUGCCCAUGGGAGUGAUUGGUUUCGUCGCUUCUCUGGGUACAGGAAAGGCCCUUGAAUACAUGAAUGCCAAGUAUCUUCUUAUCGCGGGCCUUGUGCUCUCCGUGCUCGCUCCUUUACCGAGCGCCCUGACUGUUACGUCUUCUAAUGACUUGUACGUACCAGACCGUCCCAAUGAUAAAGAAAUAAAAGCUAACCAUCUGCUAGCUGGGUCAACACACUCGGAUCAUCUCUGA